AUGGAUCAAUUUGCUUCUAGAAUGCGGUCCUCGACGCUCAUUUCUCAUCAGAUUCGCUCCAGAUGCACCACAAGGGCCUCACCGCGUCUGCCCUCUCGCGCCCGCCUGCAUACGCCGGGCAGGCUCGUCUCAGAAACACCCACGCCCGCCGCGCCCGCCAGCCCGUUGAACUCGAGAUGGCUGUCAGAUCUGCAGGCACGGAUCCGACGGAUUGCUUCGGUUGAGUCUCGCUCGGGGAAGCACGAGGAGGCGAGGCAGCUGCUGCGGCUCACGGAGACGCAGUGGCUCGGUUUUCUCGCGGGGCGCGAUGGCUUCCUGACGGGUGAGGGGUGGAGAGGUCUUGACCGGCAUCAGGUGAAUUGGGGUGACAUGGUGAGUUCAGCACGACGGACGGCAUACGUUUGGGUGGUUUCUGGCCACGUCAACAAUGUCAUGUACAACAAGUUCGCCGAAUCAGCACGCGUCAAUUGGAUCCUGUCCCACGGCAAGAGAGACGGCCCCGAAGCAGCGAAGGAAUGGGCCGAGAUCAUGUCGCCGCGCGGCGUGGGACUCAUUCUGAAGAGCAUCAAGACGGACUUCAAAUUCCCUAUGGCGUACCCCGACCAAGUCACCGUGGUCUACAAGCUCGCCGAGAGGCCGACUUAUGCGUCCGACCACCUCAAACUCGACGCCCUGCUUCUUUCUGAGCAGCACCGCCGGGUCGCGGCGCGGUGCAUCGAAGAGGUCACCAUCUACGACUACAGGGCUGCCAAGAAGGCCGUGCUGCCGCCGCACAUGGUGGACCGGCUUGCAGAGACGUAUGAGCUGCAGGAGGAAGCGAGAAGAGAAUUUGACGAGAGGGCGAACGGCGUAUUCAAGGCCAUACAGGAGAUUGAGGCGAAAGAAUAG